GGUCAUUUCAACAACAAACGCCACCAGCGUCUGAUGGCCGUCUUCGCGCGUGUUGCGCGAACAUUUGAUAUUUAACACCAGACAGCAAGGAUGUGUGGACGAGAUAGCUGAGCGCUGUAGUUAUUUCAUGAAUUCUGCUUUGCGUUUUCAUUUCCAGUAGACCUUUUCAACUGAUUACACCAAAGUACGUAACUAAACACACUUCACCAUGCCUUGGCGUCAACGUAACUAUUCCUGGAAGCAGAAUUGGCCUCAGAAAAAGAAAUCAUCAAGCUGGAGGGACAGCAACUCUUGGAGCCUGCCAAGCAUCCCAGGUCUUGACAUGCUGGAGAGUUCUGUUCUUAGUGUGGAUGCCUUGAUUGGUAAUGACCCCUUACUGGAUGAUGACAUGGAUGAUGAUCCUGACACUCAAAAACUACUAGGAAGCAUCAGAGGCAGAAUUGUGGGCAUCCAGUACUAUAAAGGCACGGUGAAUAAUUAUGAAAUGGUGGGUCUAGUUCGUGAGCCUAACAAUCCGUACGACAGGAAUGCUGUGCGUGUGGACAAUGUACGUAAGCAGAAAGUCGGUCAUCUAAAGCGACAGCUAGCUGCAGGAAUAUCCUACAUAAUGGAUAAAAAGUUGGCCCGUGUGGAAGGCAUUGUGCCCUCCGGUAAGGAUAAUAAGUACGACAUGCCCGUGGACAUAACAUUGUGGGGUAAGCCAGAGAGACAGACCGCAGUGGCAAUUGCACUAGCCAAGCACAGCAUUCAAUUCCAGUACCCUGGUGGUGAGAUGUCCAACGUUGCAUCCUCUUCACUUGGCGUAAGUGGAUAUCAGCCUCGAACGUCAUCUUACACUCCACAGCUUUUAACACAGGCAGAGAUGAAGAAUGAAUUGGACAAUAUAUUUGACUCGAUGAAGGAGUAUGAUAAAUCUUCCUGUAUGGAGCCUGCCAAGGCAAUUACCACCAAGCUCUACACACAUCAAAAACGUGCCCUGCAGUGGAUGGUGAACCAGGAGAAUUCAGACCAUCUUCCCCCAUUAUGGGAAGAAAGGAGGGGGAAGUAUAUGAACGUCGCUACAAACUUUAUCACAACUGAACGUCCUCCAAGCAUCCAUGGUGGAAUUCUAGCAGACGACAUGGGCUUGGGUAAAACUCUUGAGGUGAUUGCCCUCAUCAUCACAAAUUUCUACCAUUCUAAGCCUCUGGUUGUGCCUGUUGAAGAUGUCGUAAUUGAGGAGAAAGAAAAACCAGUGAACACAGAGAUAUGCCAAGACAGUGGUGUUACAGAGGAGGUGAAGAAACCUGUUCUAGAGGUGAACAUUGAGACAAAUAAAGUUUUGAAGGUUAAGCAGGAGGAUGAGGAGUGGAAAGAGCCUGUUAAAGGAGUUGAAAAAAAGAAAAGAGUACCAAGAAAGAAGAAAGCAGCAAAAAGCAAAAAUCUUGGAGACACGGGAGAUAAAACAGAAGUAGAGAACUUGCCGUCUGCCACUGGGGUCUCCCCCAAUGUUAGAAGACGACCAAAAAGAACCACAAGAAGGCCAGCUAAGUAUACCUUCAGUGAUGGUGAGGAACCGUCACCAAGGAAGCAACCCAGGACAAGUGAGCUAGCUAGUUCAGAUUUUGUAGCAGAAGACAUCACUGAAGUUGCAGUUAAAAUGAUAGACACUGUAGAUACUCCAAGUAUGAAUGUUGAGUCAUCAAAUAUACAAGAUGAUCUUCCACUCUUACCAUCACUUCCUACAGAGCCAACAUCUUUGCCGACUUCCAUAGUCACCAUCAGUACUGUUAAUGGUGCUUGUUCUGCUGUUAGUAGCACAGUGUCAGGAGUUAGUGUUGGCAGUGAUGCCACCAGUGUGUCUAAUACCAGUGCUUCUUCAGAUGCUGUAGCAACCAGCAGUGUUAAUGGUGUCUCAAAACCAACAGUCAUUGAUAGCUAUGAUCUAACUGAUGAACCUUGUGCCACUGCCUCUGUAGAUGUUGUGACUUCUAGUAAUGAAAGCAAACCACCAUCUGAAGUGAUUGUUCUCGAUGAAGAUGAUGACGAUGGCGAUGAUGACCUGCCAGAUAUACAGCUAUCUCACAAGGUCCCCAGCAGAACCUACACCAGAGGUCCAAGACCAACACUUAUCAUAUGUCCGUUGUCAGUCAUGAGCAACUGGCUCCAGCAGCUUAAAGAACAUGUACAUCCCCAUGUGGAUAUAAGAGUUUACUUAUAUUAUGGACCAGAUAGAGUACGUGACCCAAAGGUGUUGGCAUCCAAGGAUAUAGUGAUCACAACCUACAGUACACUGGCGUCAGAUUUUAAAGCAAAACAGGAGAGAAGUGUCUUGCACAAGACUCAUUGGUUGAGAGUAGUUCUGGAUGAGGGUCACACGAUCCGCAAUCCUUCUUCAUUGCAGUCCAAAGCAGCAAUUGCACUUACUACUGACCGGCGCUGGAUUUUGACAGGUACUCCUAUCCAGAACUCAAUGCGUGAUCUUUGGACCCUUACAGUGUUCUUGAAAUUAGAACCAUUCUGCUCUGAUAGGCAAUGGUGGCAGCGUGUGAUUGCCAGACCAAUAGCUGAAGGCAAUAAGAAGGCACUUACGCGAGUGCAGUCCCUGAUGAGAGCCAUUGCUCUAAGACGCACCAAAACCCAAAUGGUAGAUGGCAAGCCAUUGGUUGAACUGCCAGAAAGGAAAGUUUAUGUACAGACAGUGGAGCUGUCUGAAGAGGAGAGGAAAGUGUAUGAAGCCAUGGCCAAGGAAGGUCGCCUGGCCAUUGGUCGAUACUUCAGAGCAGGCACCCUGCUGCAUCACUAUGGUGAUGUGUUGUCGAUCUUGUUGAGGUUGCGACAGCUUUGCUGCCACCCGGCCCUCUGUAACAAAGCCAGAUUCAAAGCUGAAAUAGAGGCUUUAAUUGACCUUGAUGCUAAAGAAUCUAAUGAGGUCACAGAUGAAGCAAAAAAGAAACUGGUGGAGAAACUGCUGAAUGUAUUAAGUCAAGGAGCUGAUGAAGAGUGUUGUGUUUGUUUGGAGUCCCUCAGAAUUCCUGUCAUCACAUCUUGUGCUCAUGUCUUCUGUAGGCCUUGCAUCGAAGAGGUCAUCAACGCAGAAAAGGAAAGAGCCGCAUGCCCUCUAUGUCGAGCAAAUGUCAAACAGAAUGACCUGGUGCAGGUACCUGAAGAUAAGAUAGAGCCACCAAAACCCGAAGUUGGGCCAUGGCAAUCUAGUGCAAAGGUCGAUGCUAUGAUGCAGCACCUUAUUCAGUUGCAGCGUGAUGAUCCCACCAUUAAGAGCCUCGUUGUCUCGCAAUUUACUUCACUCCUAGACCUCAUCAAGAAGCCACUCGGUGACAUUGGGAUUAAGUUUAUUUGCUUUGAUGGACGGAUGUCUAUGAAGAAGAGGACUGAAGCAUUGGCAGAGUUCUCCAGUCAGGAUCCUAGGUCACCAACUGUGUGCCUGCUGUCACUAAAGGCUGGAGGUGUUGGUCUGAAUCUGGUGUCAGCCUCAAGAGUCUUUCUUCUUGAUCCUGCUUGGAAUCCAGCCGCCGAAGAGCAAUGUUUUGAUAGGUGUCACCGCUUAGGACAAACCAGAGAUGUUGUCAUCACAAAGUUCAUCGUAAAGGACUCUGUAGAGGAACGCAUGAUUGAUCUGCAGGAGAAAAAGCGCAACCUAAUGGUGGGCGCAUUUGGCAAGAAACAGACAGCGGAGGAAAGACAGAGGACGAGGAUAAAUGAUAUCAAACUAUUGAUGGAUCUUUGAACUGAUGAGGUCACGCCAUUCAGGUCUAGAUGAAGCACAUAAUCAGCAUUAUGUGUAGAUGACUGCUAGACAUUAAUUUUAAUAUCAAUAUUGUCCUUUAAUUUUGCCAAAAAGCUGGGUAAGGGAAAUAAUGACUUCUAUUUUGAGGUUAGUAUCGUAAAACUCAUAAUUUUAAUAAAAAGAAACUGUCGCUUAACAGAAGGUGUUGCAAUAUAAUAGCUGAAGCAAUAUAAAUGAAAUGAAAAUUUUAAAAGAUGUUCUGAUCAUUUUGCAGAUGUGGAAUGUUAUUUCAAAAACAACUAUUUGUGCUUGCGUUUAUUGUGUUUUAGUAGCUAGUAGAUAUAUUAGAAUACAAGUUUAAAAUAUGACAUAAUUUAGAAAUAAAGCAACAAAAAUCAUCUAAAAUCAGUAAUCUAUUUUAAUACUAAUACAUAUUCGGGCACACUGUACUGACAGUCGUCAGCCAUAGAUUUUCAGCUGACAUGAUUUCAUUGAGAACACAACACGACUACGCGCAUUAGAUGGCACACUUAGACUGCCACAGCCAACGCUGGUUGCAUGAUCAGUAAGUGCAUACAGAAAUCGGUAGAUGCAACGUGUGUUCACCUUAAGAAAACAACAAAUAUUAAUAUAAAGAAUGAUACGUACUGCAGAUAUUUGGGAUAUCUAUUCUACAUAUUUAUUCCUUUUAAAUUUUUACCUUGAUUGCACCGAUUCCAAAUUUAGCGUUAACUAUAUAAACAUUUUCUUUAAUCUUACAUAAAAAUACAUUUCUGUCUCUUUACAGUACAUGAGUGUUUUAAUGUUAUACAGUAUUAACCUAUGCAUGAUUUUUAUAUAAUAUAGAAUUUUGCCAAAGAUUUUUCAAUGUUUUUCAAUAAAUAUGACAGCAUGUUUGUUACUAUAUUUAUUGAUCUUAUUGUCAUUAUUGUUGUUUAAUAACCUAUGUCAAAGCAAUUUAUGUAGACCUUAACAUAGGAUUGCAUGACUGAGGUUUAUGUACAAAAUACAUGUUAUUUGCUCUUAUAUAAGGCAAAUCAUUUCUGUAUGAUUUUAGUGGCAAGUUGAAUAAAAUAAAAUAUAUUUCUGUAUAAUACAAAA